AUGGCAUUGUCCAGAGCGCUGCCUCUUCAACAAAACCAACUGGAGACCUAUGUCACUUCACUGCCCAGGCCUCCAAGCUACACACGCGAAACCAAGAUCGCCGAGUUGCACCUUGCAGCGCAUAUCGCCGUUCACGGAUCACUGGCCUCCGCGGACCACCUUACUCCACUGAUCAGCGACACCUUCAGAGACUCAUUCGUUGCAUCAUCGCUCUCCAUGGGCAGGACCAAGUGCACGGCUCUCGUCACCAAGGUGCUUAAACCAACUUUCAAGGAGCUGCUUUUGGACGACGUAAGAGGCGACAGCUGCAAACUUUCCAUCAGUGACUGCGUCGGAAUCGGUACUGAUGGGGCAAGUGUAAUGUGCGGGCAGUGCAACAGCUUGUAUACAAGAAUGAGGGAGUUAAACUCUAACCUUGUGUUGGUCAGGUGUGUUUGCCGCUCUCUCCACCUUGCGUGCAACGAGGCAGUGGACGUGCUGCCGACGCAGAUUGAUUAUCUAGUGCGAGAAACAUUUAACUGGUCUUCCCAUUCUCCGAAGAGCCAAGAGUUUUAUAAGAGUAUUUAUAGUGCCAUUAACUGCGGCUUUUUGCCGAGAACGUUGGUAGGUGUGUGCGCGACGCGAUGGCUCAGCAUUGCUGGUGCUCUUCGUGCGAUACUUGACCAGUGGACGGAGCUUAAGACCCACUUCGACGUUGCAAAGACAACUGAGCGAUGCUAUUUGGCUAAAAUGCUCUUCGAGAUGUUCAGUAAUGAGCAGAACUCUUUGUUUGUCCAGUUCCUAAGCCCGAUUGUAGACGAAUUUGACAAGCUUAACAAAGUCUUCCAGAGCGAAGACCCAGAUCCAUCAAAGCUGUAUGCAGUUCUGAGUUCGUUCGUGAAGUGUUUACUUCAGCGAGUUGUUCUCCCUUCUCACGCCUCCGCUGACUCGGAUUGGGAAGGCCAUUUGUUACAUGCUAGGGCUUGUCACAUGGGAAGUCUUUUCUGCAAUGUUAUUAAGUGA